CUUCCUUUGUCAUCAUACUUUCUUGGCAUGCAACUGUUAAGAAAGUAGCGUAUUUUACACCAAUCUGCUUAACAACUGCACUACCAACUCUUUGAGCCGCGCGCUGCGCUGGCUCUGGCAGCGGCCAUGGCAACUGCCACGGGCUCGCAUGCCAGCUCAGAUCCCUUUGAUCUGGAUAAUCAUGUCCCUCUAGUUUUCGCCGACCGGGCCCGUGCAGCCCAGCUCCAAAACAGCUCCCCGGUCGUAGACCGGCCGAUUGGUGUCUCACCUGCGCCACGGCGAGCGGCCCGGACGCCAUCCUCGCCUUUACUCCGACUCUCCAAUACUGCUGCUACGGAAGGGGCGCAGUCUGCAUUCGCGCCGUAUAGGCCUUCGUUAGAACCCAUUCUGGAGCCCGUCUCCAUCGUCGAGAGGGCCAACGUGGUCGCACAAGAGCAAACGGAUGCAUAUAAUGCCAAAUUGGCAGUUUUCCAAGCGUUCUGUGAAUCGUUCGACCACGCCGCGAAGCAAUUCACGUCUGGAAUUGAGCAUAGCUUUGCGAACCAAUUCGCCACCAGCUUCCUCGACUUUUGGCGCCAGUCUCUCUCCAUACUGCCGCCCGUGACGGCGCCGACGUACAGCAGCGUCGCCGCCGGUCGCAGCCCUCGCCAGCCCCCCGGAGGCCAGGCCACUCCCUCUGCUGAGGCCCCGCCGCCCGCACCACAACAAACAACCGACCUACGUCUCCAGGGACGACCAAUCCCCGCCCCACCGAAAGAGGACCUCCGGGUCUUCGUGCGACUCGACGCCGAAGCGCCGGCGAGGAAGUUCGAAUCGUACGCGAUUCGGACCCACAUCGCCGCGAAAGUCGGCAUCGACCUCCACCAAAUCCCGGCAGCCUUCACCGUGAAUUCGGGCUGGGCUGUUCGCACCACAGAUACAACUACCAGGGACCUCAUCGUCCAGCGCCAGUCGGACUGGGCACAGGAUCUCGGUGCUAACACUGUUGAGACCAGUCGAAAAUGGUACACCUAUGUCGUCGCCAACUGCCCUCGAAGGCUCACCGAUCUGCAAGGCAACGAAGCAGACUACGACGAAGCCGUUAGAGGCGAGAUUACCUGCCAAACCGGCCUGACGGCCGUCAGCAUUCGCCCGAGCCGUCAUGAUUCGAACGACCUUCCAAGCAAGACACUCCUCGUGUCUUUCCUCACACCCACACAGAAACCCUGGCGGCUUUUCGGCUCCAGCAGACUCGCCCGAUACAUCGACAAACCCGUAGCGCCCAGCCAAUGCGACAAAUGCUGGGACUUCCACGGCCGACAUAAUUGCGACCGCCGACCUUCCUGCAAACGAUGUGGGAAGUCGCACGCCAACGACUCAAACUGCACUGCCCCAACGCAGUGCGUAAACUGCCUAGGACCACACACCGCGGACUUUACCGAGUGCCCUGCACGACCCAUCCGGUCGCAUGGCGUCUAUCGCCGACUGACACAAGAAGAAAGGAACCGCGUGCGAAAAAUGGGAGAACAGCUCUUCGCCCAGCGAACACGACAGACCGAACAGAACGAACCAGGGGUCCAACGAAGCCCGCGACCGCAAGAAACGCCGCCGUCCGUACCUGAGCAAGUCCAGCCCCAGGAUGCAGGCACGGACGCCCGCCACGGCAGUGACGUGCCACCUCCGAGCUCGUCCCAGCAAGCAGAUGGCCAGGAACCGGAACGCCGAGAACCAACUCCACAAUGUGAGAGCGUACAGUCCGCGCUCAGCCCGGCCGUGACUAUGUCUCCGCCGUGCAUCCGGGUGGUCACGACCCCACAGCCCGAUAGCGAUGAUGAAACGCCCAGAUCACCGUUGAAGCGGAAGCGCUUCAACCGCGCCAGCCCCUCCACAUCAUCACUAUGAGAAGACACCGCAACAGCCAGACCGGACAGAAGACCAUUCGCGUCUUCCAGGCCAAUGUUGGCAAGAUCCCGCCGGCACAUGACUGUGCCCUCGCCCUGGCCGACGCUGAGCAGUACGACGUCGUCUUACUGCAGGAGCCGUGGACAGAAGCCAAAGAAGGCCGCUGCCUCACCAAAACGCACCCCGCCUACGAUACAUUCUCCCCGGUUGAUAGCUGGACCAACAACAGCACCCGCCCGAGGGUCAUGACGUAUGUCCGGCGUCGUCCCGGCCUAGCGGCCGAUCAACGGCGGCCCGCAACAACCCGUGACAUUCUCUGGCUCAGUAUCAACAAUAUUACCAUAGUCAACUGCUACCGGCAGCCUGAUUUCGACGAGGCUCUGGACAUACUCCUUGCCUGGAACCCGUCGAGCCGGUGCCUGGUAGCUGGGGACUUCAACGCGAAACACUACAGCUGGCAGACCGGUCGUCUCGAUGGCCGAGGAGACGACAUCGCUCACUGGGCAUCGGAGAAUCGCCUCAGCCUGCUCAAUCCGACCGACGUACCCACAAACCCGCAUGGGAACACCAUAGACCUUGCCUUCUCGAACGUACCGUUGUCGGAAGGAGUCGUGGAGGACCAUCUGGCCACUAGCUCCGACCACUUCACGCUCAGCAUAGAGCUUCCUGAGGUGGGCGUUGCGCCAAUACCACCGGGAAAAGUCCGCGUCACGACGGAAGACGAGAUCAAGCGGUUCGUAGAUCUCGUCCAGUAUGGGUCAGCGGAUAUUCCAACCCCGACGACAACUACCGACGACCUUGAUGCUCUUGCAUCCGCCCUGGUGCGCCUCCUCCAAGUGGCGGCGAAGGUGGCCGGUCGCCCCGUUCGAAGGCAAGCCCGCAACGCCCCAUGGUGGACCGAGGAAUGCCGACUCGCCGCAGCGGAAUACCGCGCAAUUAGAAGAAUUUAUCCCCUUGGAUUUUGCCGCGAAGUUCAGCUCGCCAAGAAGGACUUCCAGAAGGUUGUCCGCCGAGCUAAACGGCUAUACUGGCGCAACCUCAUCGACAGCUUUAACGACGGUGCGUCUGUGUUCAAAGCCGUCCGAUGGAUGAAGUCGCCAGGUGCCUUCCAACCACCACCCCUUGAGGUGGAUGGCGAGGUACACGAAACACAGCUCGACAAAGCCAAUGCCCUCCGACGCGCCACGCUGGAAAGGCGAACCUCAGAAGACGACAUAGCCGACCCGUGGGUCCCAGUCGCCGCGACUAGAGCGAUACCAUUCUCCCAAGAUGUAUCACUGGCCGAGACGCGGGACGCGACCAUCCGCACGGGAAACACAUCCCCCGGCUCCGACAACAUCACUGUUAAGAUGCUCAAAGCGGCCUGGCAUAUCAUCGGCGAACAUGUCCGUCGUCUAUACGAGGGAUGCCUCCGACUUGGUCACCAUCCGCAACCAUUCAGGGAGGCAGAAGUGGUCAUGAUAGCGAAGCCGGGUCGUCGGAAUCUGUCGACACCGCGUGCCUGGCGACCAAUCUCGCUGCUCUCCUGCCUAGGCAAGGGUCUUGAGAGGCUCAUCGCACGCCGUCUAGCGUGGGCGUCCAUCCACUAUGGUGUGCUCCAUUCGCAACAAGCUGGGGCCCUGCCGAAGAGAUCCGCUGUCGACCUCGUGGCCGCUCUUGUGCACGACAUCGAAGAAGCAUUCGCUCGCGGACUGGUCGCCACGCUAGUGACAAUGGAUAUCCAGGGGGCUUUCGAUACCGUCCUCCGCAACCGACUGAUCCUCCGCCUCCGUCAGCAGGGAUGGCCUGAGCAUCUCGCACGGUGGGCUGGCUCGUUCAUGUCAGAACGCUCGGCGUGCGUGCGAUAUCAGGACAUUACCACACCCAGUUCCCCACUUCAGUGCGGGCUGCCGCAGGGUUCGCCCGUCUCGCCCAUCCUCUUCUUGCUCUAUACAGAGCCGAUCUAUCGCCUGGGCAAUCCGAAGGGUCGAUUCGGCUAUGCCGACGAUACCGGUAUCCUAUGCGUAGGAAACUCGCUGGAGAUGACGGCCGACAGGGCGUCGCGCUAUGUCAGCGAGCUCGUAACAUGGGGCGCCGCCAACGGAAUAAGCUUCGACCCGGCAAAGACCGAAGUCAUGCACUUCUGCCGAACCAAACCCAAGGUGUCGCCGCCUAUCUUCCACCAGGGCGAGAGACGCCCGGAAAAAGCGAUGCGCUGGCUAGGUAUCUGGCUUGACAGCACUCUGACGUUCAAGACCCACGUCGAGAAGUGGACAGCCAGUGCGCAGGCCGUGGCACACCACUUGCGAGGGCUCGCCAAUACCAAACAUGGCCCGCUUCCGAGCGCUAUGCAAAGAGCCGUCCGAGCCUGUGUCGAGCCAGUGCUGCUCCACGGCGUCGAGGCCUGGUACCCUGGAUUGAGCAGCCCUCGCUGGAGCCAGCCCACGAAGGAGGGCUCCUCUGGAAUCCAGCAGCUGCUGCGGAAGAUGAACAAGUCGCUUCACAGCUCUAUGCGUGCCGUUCUGCCAGUCUGGAGGACGACGCCUAUCGCCGCACUGCAUCGUGAGAGUGGCAUCCCGCCGAUCGUCCAGCUGCUCGAAACUCGCCGGAUGCGCUUCGCAGCCCGCCUUAAACGUGUGGACGAGGCACACCCGCUGGCAAAACGCACACUGCAGCCGAAGCCGCCGACCAUCCAUAGGUCGAUCAAGCUGAAGUACCAGAUGCCUCGCGAGGCUUUCCGGACUAGACUCAGACGCAGCGAUCAGCUGCUACCUCGCAGCACACGACCACUGCUCCUCCCCCGCCGUUUCGACGACCACGCGACGCCCCUACAGGCCGCGUCGAAAGACGAGUCUGCAGAAAACUUCCUGGAAUGGGUCCGGUCUAUCCCACGUGAGACGCUCAUCGUCUACUCAGACGGAUCCCUUUCCACGGAGAAGACCGCUGGGUACGGUUAUGUGAUUCAUCGCAAUGGACUCACCUUGACGACUGGCAACGGUCGACUUGGCCCAGCUGAGGUCUUCGACGCCGAAGCCAAGGCUGCCCUUGAGGGGUUGCGUGCUGCAAUGAACCUCCCUAACCCACGACGCAUCUUUGUGUGCCUCGAUAAUCUCGGGGUCGCAACCUGCCUGAGAGGCAUGCCCGCGGACUCCUCUCAGGAAGUGUUCCUCGAGUUUCAGGCUCUAGCCGCGACGCAUGGCGCCACAGAGGUCCGCUGGAUCCCCGGCCACACCAACAUUGCCGGCAACGACCAGGCGGACGCCUUAGCGAAGGCGGCCACCUCCUUGCCCGAACCGGCAGACGCUCUCCCGACACUCGCUCAUUUGCGCAGGACUGCCCGGCAGCAGUCCAGAGACGCUUUUGAAGCCUGGUGGGACGCCUCUGCACCCGCCCAGUACAAGCCACUGCAUCUCAAGCCUACCACCGGCUGCCCACCAGAACUAGAGCUCCCACGACCACUCCUCCACCACCUGCUCGCGGCACGGUCUCGCCACGGAGACUUUGCCGACUACCACGAGAGAUUCAACCACGACGAUGCGCGGCUAUCAUGCUCGUGUGGCCGACGUAAAGAACCCAGUCAUCUCUUCUAUUGCCGAAAGAUCCUGCCGCGACAUCGGAUGAGGCUGGCACCCUCACCGACUGCGGCAGUCAAUCGUGCAAUAGGCAGAGACUUCGACAAGUUCGUCGAGCUGGCGAAGGCAAGCUCGUUCUUCGAAUGGGUAUGUCCUCGCCACUAGGCGAAUGGUGAUCGCUCCCUUUCUUUCUUUUGUUACUUCUCACUCUGUGACCCGUCCAGGCGGAGGGUGCGGCAACACCCUUUGCCCGCCCAGGUCAAUUGAGGCUGCUCUCGCAGCCUCCGACGAAGGCCUCUCUUGAGGCCAGUAGAGUACGGCAUUUAGAUGCCACGCUUGAACGACCCGCUGACGGGCAUCGAGCACGAAUUGGAGCGCCUCAGAGCCGAUGAAAUGCUGGAUGGUGGUUUGUUUACUUUUCGCGAUGGGAAGAUGAAGGGAGACGUGGAGGUAAUCUCUGGGAGACCCACCAGAACCUGUAUCGAUAUCGUAGGAUAGACCCACUAGCUCAGCACGUCCUGUGCCCCCUAGGGACCUGAGCGGCCUCACGGCCGCUGGACGGAAAAUACACUAACUAAC